CAAUACCUAAACAAGUUUAAGUAACUAGGGCUAACUAGCGCUACUCUCUUCCCACUUAGAAACGUGCUCACGUAGUACGGAGCUUGGCAACUUCCCCCCCAUCAAGAGCCGGGACGCCGAAGUACGGAGAGGACUGCGAACCCUAAAACAACUAUAGCUUACAAAUCUCCACUCAUUAAGAACAAUUACAAAGACAUCAAUCGGGUUAUUAUUAUAUAUUCUAGUCUAUACUCUAGUCUAUACUCUAGUCUAGCUAUGCCCGUAGUUCUUCGAGCAUCUCCAAUUCGAGCACUUCUCUCAUCUACAGUCCGUCGCAGCUUAAUUCCAGCUUCGCGAACGUCUUUCGUCUUCCGAGCUUCAACCCCUAUCCGCACUAUGUCUGACAUCACACCCGUCUUCUCCAAGGACGCAGCUCCGCCUGCUGGACCUUACUCCCACGCCAUCAAGACGCCAACCGCCAUUUACUGCUCUGGCCAGAUUCCCUGUGACGCCAAUGGCAAUCUUGUGGAAGGUACCAUUGGCGAGAAGACAGCAGUCUGCAUUUCCAACCUGAAGGCUGUCCUCACAGCCGCCGGUUCCUCCAUCGAGAGGGUCGUCAAGGUUAACAUCUUCUUGGCCGACAUGUCGCUGUUCGCCGACAUGAACAAGGAGUACGAGAAGUGGUUUACCCACAAGCCCGCCCGCAGUUGCGUGGCCGUCAAGCAGCUGCCCAAGGCUGUCGACGUUGAGAUUGAGUGCAUUGCUCUCCCGUAGAAAUUCCCAGGGGCAAUCGAAAGCUUGAUCUAAAUACAUUGGUUGCAUUCACCUAAAAUCAAACUAGGAGCUGCCGUGAUCUCAAGGGGUAUGAGUCAUACUAGCUAUCC